AUGGCUUUGCCUUCCAGCAUUUGCCUCUGGAAGGGUCUGGCAGGAGCCCCCAAGCAAGUGAAUCCCACGCCAGGCCAGCCCUUGGAGCCCCAGGAGACCAGCACCAAAAACCCUCUGGAGGAGCCUGAACCCCCUGAACCAGACUCAGCCCCCCUGCAGGGCAGGACAGCCCCGACCCCCACGGGCCCAGAGAACACCCUGAGCCCCCCAAAUGUGGGGGUUGAGGGUGACAAAGGCACGGAAAAGGAGAGCGAGGAGUGGGACAACGACAGCGGCGAGACCUCUGUGUGGGACAGCUCUGACCUGGGCACAGAGACCCUCGGAGCCCACCCGGAAAUCCCUCUGGGGGACCUUCCCCAGACCCGCUCCGGGCUCCAGGCCUACAGGACCCACCUGCUCAUGGAGCUCAUGUGGCUGCAACAGGCUAUUGCCAGCAGGAAAAACUUCUUGAUGCUGAAGCAGAAGCUGGGGAUUCCUGACUCCUUGGAAGGCAUUCCCAACCCCCUGGAUGGGUGUGGGGAAGCCGUGGAGCUGCAGCACCACGGGUGACCUCAGGGGAGCUCCAGCUCCGUGGGUUGAUGGUUUUAACUUCAGCAGAAUGUGGCAAGAAAGCCUCUUAGCUCUUGUAGAUGUGAAUGUUUGGUCAGAGCAGGAUUAAACACUGUGGAGCCAGGGAGGUUGUGGUGUGUGCUGGAGGAAUUCCCUGUGAGGAUCCUUCCACAAGGACCCCAUUCCUGUUGGCUGAGCUGGGUGAUCCGGGGGGAGAAAAUGGAGGAUGGGAAGAUUUUUCACUUACAGAAGGUGCUUUUGGACUGAAAUGCCUGAAGGCAGCAGGUGCUGGGACCUGCAGGAACAGCCUGUUCCUCUCUGAACUGUGUGGGAAUCUGAGCUGAGUGUUUGGGAGGGCUCUGCACUUCACACCUCUGCAAUAUCCAGGAUCUCCAAGUGCCCGCGGUGGAUUUUGGGAACACUGGACCAGUGCCUCAGGGAGGUUGGGAAGUGCUCUAUCUGUUCCUGUAGCUCAGGAACAUUCCAGGUCCCUGGAAAAGGGACUUUCCAUGUGGUGCUGUGGUUCCCCCCCGUGAUUCCCCCUCUGCAUUCCUGCUCCCUGAACAGCCUCUGUUGCCAGGUGGCAGAUGGAUCCCUCUGUUCCAGAAUAGAUCCCCACUUGUUUGUGAAUAAAAAGCUUUCCUAAUGCUCCUC